AUGGAUUCUCAACUCACUUCAUUAUCCGAUUUCAGGCUACCCGACUACCCUGAUGCUGCACUACAUCUUAAUGGCUCUUCUCUCAGCAUCAUCGAUCCUUCCAGUCUCACUCCAGAAACCUCCAAAACAGUUACUCCAGCAAUCGGUCUAGCGACAGUAUUGUACAAAUGGCAUCCAAACGCUCUAGCAGCUUUCCUAGAUCUAGAUGCUUGGUUUUCCAUGACAUGGACUUUAAGCAUUGCCGAAGGCACACCCGAAGGAUCGAAAAUCGAAAUCGGCCGCAUCGGCAACCAAAUCACUUUUGGUAGCCUGGAUGGCAGCGGCGAUAACUGGACAUUGAUGCUUACCUACAACAUCGUCCUAGAGGGUGACGACAGAGGGAAGUGGAUACCGAAUCCCAAAGAGAGUAUGUUAGGCGAAAAAGAUGUGACGGAUCCCGAGGAAAUUGAAAAACUAGGCUGUGAGUUUGCAGAGAAGAUAGUGAGGGAAAAGAGAUGGGAGACUGGGAAAAAGAUGAAACACAGGUUUUUCGUCGAGUAUGCGCCAAUGGAUGUUUGGGGUGAUGGAAUACCGAUGAGUCCGCAUUGGCUAUAUUCUUCUCUCGAUCUUUCUAGGUGUACGGCAUGUAAGAAGACGGGGAUUCCGUUACAGCGGUGUGGAAGGUGCGGCACAUCAACGUAUUGUUCGGAUGUUUGCCAGAAAGGGGAUUGGGCUGUGCACAAAGACAUUUGUACUAUGAGUAUGGAGGAUAGGGGCCAGGCGAUUAAGCUGUCAGAGAAAGGCGGGCUGAUUAAGUGGGACGUGGAGAAGACGUAUGCGAAAGAGGAGAGGGAGAUGAGCGCGAAUCCGAAUUUUGAGACGCCACAAGUGAAGCGCAAGAAAGCGGAUUGA